AACAAUAAUAUUUAUUUUAUUCAGAACUUCUAAAUAAAAUGGACGCGUGUUCUGCUGUGGGAAGAGAGGCUGAUAAAGUUCUAUCAAAAUUUUCUAAUCUGGGAAAGACUAUUAAUAAAAGUAUCGAUGAUCAAAUAAGUCAAAUAGAAGCAUUGCGUGCAGUACUUGCCACAGGAGAGGACGAGCAACUUACCAGUGUGCACAAAACUGAUCUCAAGCAUCUCACACUAAAGAUCUCUGAUGGUAUAGGAAGAAUCGCUACUGAGCACAGAGACCUACAUUCAACUGUGUCGAAGGUCGGGAAAGCUAUAGACAGAAACUUUGUCUCAGAUUUCGACUCAACCUCACGAGAAGAUGUUUUAAGGGGCCCUAAUAAAGAACAUCUGUUAAAUGAAGUUAUUCUGCAGCACUUGUACAGACAAGGUCACCUAACUAUUGCUCAAACUCUGGCAGAGGAGUCUGGGGUACAUGAAUACAAAUCUCAGAAAGAACCAUUUCUAGCACUCAAUAAUAUUCUAGGAGCACUAAAGGAGAGAAAUCUAGAACCUGCUUUAAAUUGGGCUGCAGAAAACAGAGAUGCGUUAAAUUUGCAGGGUUCGAGUAUAUUCUUCUCUCAAACUGAUGGUCGUGCAACAGUACAGCAGAAGUCCAGCCUGGAACUACGCUUGCAUAAACUAAAAUUUGUCGACCUCCUCAACAGUGGGGACAGGAUGCAGGCAAUAUUGUAUGCCAGGAGAAAUUUUCCAAACUUCGUUCAAGGUCAAGAGAAAGAGAUUCAGGUUUUAAUGGGAGCAGUAAUGUAUGCGGGUCCAGAUCUUAAAUCUUCUCCAUACUCGAGCCUACUUGAUCCUUGUCACUGGGCUGAGAUAGAAGAUAUGUUCCUCAGGGAUGCGUGUGCUCUCAUGGGACUUUCUGUUGAAUCUCCUUUAGCUGUAGCAAUUAAUGCUGGCUGUACUGCACUGCCUGCCCUUCUCAAUAUUAAACAAGUUAUGCAACAAAGACAGGUUGCUGGUGUUUGGAAUGCUAAAGACGAACUUCCCAUCGAAAUAGAUCUGCCUGAAAACAUGAGGUUUCAUUCUGUGUUUGCUUGCCCGAUUCUUAGACAACAGGUCUCCGAAGGGAAUCCUCCCAUGAGAUUAACAUGUGGACACGUUAUUUCAAGGGAUGCGUUGAACAAGUUGACAACAGGUCACAAGCUCAAGUGUCCUUACUGCCCAAUAGAACAGAAUCCUGUUGAUGCUAGGAUUAUCUAUUUUUAAAUUUGUUCAUGUUUUCUCCAGCAGGAGCCUGGGUUAUAUCAACACUAGUUGCCCAUAUUGCAAUAAAUAUGUUCAUAUAUUUUUUUGAAGUAUGUCUCAUGCUAAUUAUUUAAGUGUGUCAUUUUGACCUAAAAAAAAAAUAUUGGAAAACCAUUGAAAAUGUUCGAACUCCAACCCCCGCUCCCAGAAAAAAUAAGUUAGAAUUUUCUUUUGAUAAAAUUUUAAUUUUAUUUUCUAAAUAUCUUUUAGCUAAAUUGUCUGUUUUCCUCGAUAUUUUGUAUAUCUUUUUAUAAAGUAAAUUUUGUGUUUAUAUAAAUAAAUAAAUCCUUCAAUUAA